UGCGCAUGACAGUUAGCUUGAUUUCCUGUUGGCUCGUGGCUAGAGGACGUUGGUGUCACAGACGAGAGGGGCUCAGCAAGCGUUUUUACUUUCCACUAAAGCAAGAAAAGAAGCAACAAACAAAAAUGUUUGCCCGUACCGUGAGACCGACCGUGAGCCUGGCUCGAAGCCUAUCCACCUCGUCACAGAACAACGCCAAGGUUGCGGUGCUUGGAGCGUCAGGCGGCAUAGGCCAGCCGCUUUCUCUGCUCCUCAAGAAUAGCCCUUUGGUGAGUCAACUCUCCCUGUAUGAUAUUGCCCACACCCCCGGGGUGGCUGCAGACCUCAGCCACAUCGAAACAAGGGCCCAUGUGACCGGCUACAUGGGUCUCGAUCAGUUAGACGCUGCUCUGCAGGGUUGCGAGGUUGUGGUCAUCCCCGCCGGUGUGCCCAGAAAACCCGGCAUGACCCGCGAUGAUCUCUUCAAAACCAACGCCACCAUUGUAGCCACCUUGGCCGAUGCCUGCGCCCGCAACUGUCCCGAGGCUAUGAUCUGCGUCAUCGCCAAUCCUGUCAACUCCACCAUACCUAUUACAUCAGAGGUCAUGAAGAAGCAUGGCGUGUACAACCCCAACAAGGUAUUUGGUGUCACGACCCUGGACAUUGUCAGAGCAAACGCGUUCGUGGCAGAGCUUAAAGGUCUUGACCCAGCUCGUGUCAAUGUACCGGUCAUUGGAGGUCAUGCUGGGAUUACCAUCAUUCCCCUCAUUUCCCAGUGCACACCAAAAGUGGAGUUCCCUGCUGACCAGUUGGCUGCUCUGACCAGCAGGAUCCAGGAGGCCGGCACAGAGGUGGUUAAGGCCAAGGCCGGAGCUGGAUCUGCUACCCUCUCCAUGGCCUAUGCUGGUGCCCGAUUCACCUUCUCUGUCCUGGAUGCCAUGAACGGAAAGGAGGGUGUGGUGGAAUGUGGGUAUGUCAGAUCUGAGGAGACAGAGUGCAAGUACUUCUCCACACCUCUUCUCCUGGGGAAGAACGGCAUUGAGAAGAACCUCGGGCUGGGCAAGCUGACUGCCUUCGAGGAGAAGCUGGUUGCCGAUGCCAUGACUGAGCUGAAGUCUUCCAUCAAGAAGGGCGAGGAUUUUGUGGCUAAUAUGAAGUGAACAGGGGGCAUUAAGUUAGUUGAAAACGAAGAGCUGUUGUGAAUGAUAUUUUUUUUUUUUCUGUCUUAACUUAAACGGCAUCUGGGUAAAUCUCAAGAUCUGUCAGUGUUUCCCCUUUUGUUUUUGUUUGGUCAUCUUUAUUCAGAAAUCCUGGUUUUAACCAAGGUCCUGUGUAUCAUCUCCUUACCUUUCAAACAUGGCUUUAUCUUGCACUAUGAUUACUGUACUGUGACUUAUAUAUAUUUUGCAAAUGUCAAAUUUAAACAAAAUUUCAUAUAUUUUCAUGUAAAGCCUGUAUUAACAGGGAUUUAUCUGCCCAAUGACUGAGGAGGAAAUACUGUCAUGCCUGUUGAUGCAAAUAGAUGUUGAGCAACUGAUAAGCAAAAUACUUACUCCACCAAUAAACAGUUUAGCUAAAAAAAAAACCGGAUUCUUUGUUUCUUGUUUUUUCUUACACAAAUAGUUUGACUGUACAGCUGAAACACUGACCACAUUUUUAGGGC